UUCUUCCGUGAGAGUGUAUCGGUUUCUUCAGAACUGAAAUCAAUUUGUGAAGCGUUUUUUUCCGAUAAUUGUGGUAUAUUAGCGACCGCCGGGAGAUAUAACCGUGUUUCAAACAUUGACUGAGUUGGAAUAAUUUGUUUUAAAUCGAUCUCGAUGAAAUAAAAUUCCAGUUUUGAAUAAAAAUGUGCGAGUGAAAUUUCAUCGAAACGAAAUCUUUGUCGCACAUCGCUGAAGAUGCCUCAAGGAGCAACGUCUCUCUUACCGCCGCCGAUCCCCAAGAAAAUGGGAUUUACAAUCGAAUCUCUGGUAGGCGGUCGGAUGUCCCCACCAAAAACUGAAUCCGAAUCGCCACCAUUGUCGACACUUCGAAAUUCGAUGAAUUUUUUAUCUUCGGAUAUCAAUCGAGAUGGGCGGUACACAGCAGAUAAUGGCUACGGACACAGGGACCAACAUUCGAAUAUUUUGUUAUCGCGAGAUAUUUUCGCUCUUCACCAGCAGCAACAGCAUCAGAAUGACAUCGUGAAUGACUGUUUUUUCAGGGAACAGAUAUUGAUGCGGCAAAGAUCACAGCUACAAGAACAGAUAAAUCAGGAUCAACUGAAGCGUUCUACAUUAAAUAGGGAAUUUCUAAAUCAGGAAUUGGAAAGAGAAGUAUUACUUAGAGGUCACCAGGAAUUCGAACGCAAGGAAUUCGAUGAAAAAUGUACAAAGAAAACCAAAAUAUCGCCUCGAAAUUCCCCGAGAAAUUCACCGAGAAGUUCACCAUCAUUACCUCAAAUUUCUUCUUCCCCACCACAUUCAUUUACAGAAGAAGAUCGCCGAUCUAUUCCUUCCCCAAACUCAAUGAAAAAGCACCUUGGUGCUACGCCUUCAUUGACUUCAAGUUUAAUCCACAACAAUUUUAUUAAUCCUCUACAAGGUCCAAUUUUAUCGACUCUGCCACCACAAUUUAUGGCCCUUGGUGGUGCUGGUACAGGACCGCCACAGAUACAAAUACCUACACCUAUGGUACACCCGUUACUGGGUGCAGGAUUACCUCAAGGUCUUGGUGGUAGUUUAUCCAACUUACCCGGUGGUAUCGGGACUCCAUUACCGGCGGUUCCAAGAGAUUUUCCGCUUUAUCCGUGGCUUCUAUCCCGACAUGGCAGAGUUUUUCAACCGGGAUUUCCAGUUGGUCCUGAAGGAUACCCCGGAUUUUUGCUGCCGUUCCGCAAGCCGAAGCGCAUCCGAACAGCGUUCAGUCCGUCGCAGCUGCUGAAGCUGGAGCAGGCGUUCGAGAAGAACCAGUACGUCGUGGGACAGGAACGCAAGCAACUCGCUGUCAACCUCAGUCUUUCUGAAACUCAGGUCAAAGUUUGGUUUCAAAAUCGCCGGACGAAACAUAAAAGACUUCUACAAGAAGACGACGAUGGAACGGCCGGUAAAAGUGGGAGUGAAGAUAAAAAUAACGAAGAUGGACUCAUCAUCGAACACGAGGAAGAUGAAGAAGAGUUGGAUGUUUUGGAUGAAGCCAGUGAAGCAUAAAAUUUUACGAGAAAAUUUUCCAUAAGUUAUCGCAUAAAUUGUGGCCAAGUUUAGCAGUCUUAGAAACCUUACGCCUAUCCGCCAAAUCGAGAUUUUGCGUAGAGAAUUUCAUGCCUAUCUUCGACUAUAGAAGAGGACUUAAGCUAAAAUGUGAACAAAAUGUUACUUUGUACAUCGUUUUCAUCGAGAAAGUAUUGAAUGGAGCGCUUAAUCUGAUUAAUAAGAUUUUUUAUCUUUUCUUGAACUUCCAGCCUGGAAAGGAGUAAAUGCGCUACGGUGGAACAAUGCGGGUCGUUCUUCUGAAACCUUCUGAUUGUUUUAUUUUGAGUUACGAAUUAUGUUUUUCUUUGCUGUGAACAGAUUUCUUGUAAAUUUAAAUUUUGAGGACUUCGCAGCUUUGUUCUAAUAGUUCAUAAAAUCGUUUUCAACUACAAUAAUGUUUUUUAUUUAUACUUUUGUUAUAAGCUUCAUUCCGGCAGAUGUGGCAACUUAACCACCAGAAACUGCACAGCUUUAAAAAUUGUGUAUGAAUAAUUCCAAAAUUUAUUAUAAACAAAGAUUCAAGUAAUUAUUAUAGUCAGCCUUCCAAUUCUUGUCUCGUUUACCACAGUGGAAAUUCAAGUCUUCUAAACAUGGGUGACAAUGUAGAGUGCCAAUUCCUUUCUUAUUUCGAUCCUACCAAAACUGUUCGAAUUUUAAUGGUAAAUGAGUGAAUCAACUUGUAAUGGAUGGUUCGAGUGGUAAAUGAUAAGAAAACUGAAAAAUGUAUAUUUGAAGAAAAAUUUUUGUUAGCUGGAAAUGCCUGUUUUGAGACUACAUCUUAUUUUAAUGAAUUGAUUUUCUAAUACCCGCGCCAGAACGAAUAACUGCGCAUCAAUACAUGCGAAGAAGCCCAGUCAUGAAAAAGCUACACUGCCAAAAAUCAUGAUAUUUUGAAAAUCCUCAGAUAUUCCAAAAACUGAAGGAUUCGCACGAGUGACCAGUUUUAAAAUAUCAGCAUUAGAAAUGCCUAUGGACGAAAGUGAAAAAAUAGUCUGUCAUUUCAUGUGUGCCCAAAAAUCUUACAGAUUUUCGUUGAGUUUUCAAGCCACCGAGCAGGUGUAUCAAUGCUAUCACUGCAAACAAAAAGCACUUCUUGAUAACGGUGGAAAAACGGUCGGACCGCCGUUCUAGGGGCCAGCCGCCCUGUAAAAUAAAACCAUGUCACCGUUUUUUAAUUUAUAUCAACAUUGAUAACUAGGAAUAUGCUUCAAAGAAAACGGCGACGCUAUUUAGUUUCACGAGGAGGUCGGCAAUUUGAACGCCAGUAAGACCGUUUUUUGCCGUUGUUUUCGAACUGUGGAUGUACUCUACCGUUACAUUACGCACACCGAAUCCCCAGCCAAUCAAUACUGAAUAAGUUAAAUGAGUAAAAUGUGACUUGAGUGACGCAGAUUUUUGAACGUUAGAAUGACUACCAUCCAAUUGUGAAGGUGAUCUGACUAACGAAUGAUCACCUUCCUAUAGUGACUAACGAAUGAUCACCUUCCUAUAGUGACUAACGAAUGAUCACCUACCAAUAGUGAAGGUGAUCUGACUAGUGAGAGGUCACAUUCUAGCUAAAGCUUUUUGAUUAUGGAAGUAUCGCUAUAAUUCAUAGUGAUAUAUAUAAUCACUUAAUCAGUGUCAAGUAAGGUGAUGACAUUCAGUGGAUGGAUGCCAAUGGACAAAAAGAUAAUCUGAUCUGUACAAAAAUUUCAAAUGUGCGAAGAGAACCGUUUUUGACUCGCACAUAAAUGUCUCGUAUAAUUAAACGUUCUACUCGAAAUAUUUUUAUUCAAUGUAACUCUUUCAAAUGUGCGAAGAGAUCAGUUUUUGCUUACACAUGAAUGUCUUUUGUAAUUGAACGUUCUACUUAAUAUAUUGUGAUUCAAUGUAACUUUGAAAAUAUAAUUUAAAAUUAGUUUUCGAAACUUUCAAAAGUGUACCAAACAUAAAAUCUAUACAAACAAGUGGAAUCAGUGUUCAAGUAUUUUAGUGUUUGCCAUAAAUAGUUUGUGAUUGACCGACCUUUUGUACAUUGUCUAGAAGCUUUUUCCUUAGAAAUGCCAUAAGCU